AUGGCAAGAACCAAGCAGACGGCUCGCAAGUCAACCGGUGGCAAGGCACCUCGCAAGCAGCUGGCCACGAAGGCUGCCAGAAAAAGCGCUCCGGCUACCGGAGGUGUCAAAAAACCUCAUCGUUACAGGCCUGGUACAGUGGCUCUCAGAGAAAUCAGGCGCUACCAGAAAAGCACCGAGCUGCUCAUCAGAAAACUGCCCUUUCAAAGACUCGUUCGUGAGAUAGCUCAGGAUUUCAAG